CAUAAUGACAUAAGUCUAACCUAAAAAUUAAAUUUAUUUAAUCGUUUAAUGAAAUUAGCAAGGCUCAAUAUUUUCAUUUAGUUGAUAAAUAGUCGAGUUUAUUUACAACCAAAAAUAUGAGUAGUGGAGGCUGUGGAAGUGAACACUGCUGUCAACAAAACCCUAAUCCUGUCUUGAAAAAUAAGAGCACCUGUAAGAGUGAAGAAAACAAUACACCAGAUGAAACGAUCGCCGAAGAUACGCAAGAAAUUGAAGUCUUCAACAAUAAAAACGUUUUCGACCUCAUUCGACAUAUAAUAGAUCCAGAACAUCCUGUCACACUGGAAGAUCUGAAUGUAGUCCAAGAAGAGUUAAUAGAUGUUAGCGACGAAAAAAAUUAUGUCAAGAUAAAUUUCACUCCAACAAUCCCUUAUUGCAGUAUGGCAACACUAAUAGGAUUAUCAAUAAGGGUACAACUCUUACGAUGUUUACCUCCCAGAUUCAAAGUAACUGUAGAGGUAACUCCCGGUACUCACAAUGCUGAAAAAGCCAUCAAUAAACAACUAGCUGAUAAGGAAAGGGUAGCUGCAGCCUUAGAAAAUACCCACCUUAUCAGCGUAAUUAACGAUUGCAUACCAAGAAAGAAAGGCUAAAUUUUUCCAAACAAAGAAGCUGUGAACACCUGAUUGAGUAAAAUAUUUUCUUAUCAUUUAAUUCUCUUUGGUUGAAAACACAAACUCAUCAAAAUUUCAAGUACUUAACUUCAGACUUUCAAUCCAUUAAACCUGUUGAGAUUGUUUAUUAUGAGAAUUUGUUGAAGCUACAAUAUGAUUAAACGAAUGUGUUAAGUAAAAA